AUGUGGGACGGCUUCUAUUACACGUCGCCGAUCAAUUCGAUGACCUUUCACGGCCUGCUCAAGGCGAAGAGCCGAAACGCGGAGUACUGGAGCCUCUUCGAUCCGUUCCACUGGCGGCUCUGGGUGGCCAUCUGCGUGACGGUGAUUCUCGGCACGGUGGUCGCGGGCCUGAUCGCCUACCUCGAACGCGCGUGGGACCCGCGCGAGGAUCCGCUCGAGUUCGGCGCCAUGCUCUACCACAGCGUCACGCUGCUCCUCGGCGGCCACCGGCGCGGCGACGACCUCAGCGGCGCGAUGGCGACGUCGAGCGGCGCGGCGCGCCUCCACCGGCUGGGCCUCCUGUUCCUCGCGCUCAUCAUGACGUCCAGCUUCACGGCGAACCUCGCCGCGUUCCUCACGAACCCGCGGCGCGUCGUCUCCGGCCCGGGGACGCUCGACGAGCUGAGCGCCGCGACGGCCUGCGUGAACGACUGGUGGCUGAGCUCCUACGUCACGAACUUCGCCGGCGGCGUCGUCUGGCCGCCGGACGGCGCCUACGAGCUCGACGACUACGCGGGGCGGACGCAGUGGUGCGUCGACGCGGUGAAGGACGACGACUCGGAGGUGGACGUCUUCCUCACGUUCGACGCGCAGUUCGUCCUGCUCGAGCACUGCGACAGCCUCGUCAAGGCGCCGGGCAUCGAGUUCGAGCCGACGCCGGUCUACGGGAUCACGCACAGCUACGACAUCAUGCGGAACGUGAGCCAGGCCAUAUACCGGCUCCGGUCCGACCGGCCCUACUACGACGUCGUCAACGCGCACUACCGCACCUACGACAUGUGCCCCGGGGCCAUGGACACGGAGGACUCGUCGGAGCAGAUCUCCGUCCGCUCCAUGGAGAGCGUCUUCCUCAUCUUCUUCGCCAACGCGGCCGUCGCGAUCGGUCUCGCGCUCUUCGACGCGAGGCGGCGCCGCCGCGACGCCAAGACGGAGGCGCGCGAGGCGGCACUUGAGGCGGCCGCGGCCCGCGAGACCGACGCCCCGCGCAACCCGCUCCGCGGCGAUUCGCGGCGCCUCGCGCACAUGUUCGGGAACGGCGCGCGCCUGCGCCUGUCGCAGUCGCGCGGCCGCGGGCGGGGCGCGCCGGACGCGCCCCGGCGGGCCCUCGCGCCCCGGAGGUCCGCGGAGCUCGCGCUCGUCUAG